UUAUAAUGUGUGUAUAUCGGUUCCGAUUGUGAUACAACUGCCAGUAUUUUAUACGUUACAUGAUGGAGGAGUUACACUCUUGUAGCUGCUGCCUGGUACGGUCGCCGGACAAGGGCCUCAAGACCAUGUAUAAACAUCUCGGCAAAACAGAGAUAUACUGCGAAAUGCUGAGAGACUGCUUUAAUAUAAAUCUAGGCAUGGGAAAUGACGAGUGUGGGAUCUGCGAGGUGUGCGUGGUGCGGCUGCGGGAUGCGAACAACUUCAAGCAGCAAGUGCAGCGCAGCCAGGCCGAGCUGCAGGCGCGGCUCAAGGGAGUUCUCACUGCUAGUAACAAGUUAAAAAUCAAGUUGGAAAAAGCUUCUGGAGAGGAAACAAUUACACGUGAUAUCAAGGUGGAGAAGUCGGAGGUAGAGAUGGCUGAUGGCGAGAUCGUUUCAGUUUCGGUGGCCGUACAAGAAACACCGCCAGCGCCUUCAGCGGGACCAGUUGUUACGACCAACCCUAGUUGUUCUGCCCCCGCCCCGUCCCUCACCAACCUCGACGGCUCCGUGUCUGCUCCGGCUCCCAGCCACCCUAGAGAACACACGUGCGAAAUAUGCCAAAAAACGUUCCACGGGCCAAAUGCCAAAUCCAAUCUUGUAAUCCAUCGCCGCUCCCACACAGGGGAGAAACCUUUCGCGUGCAAUGUAUGCGACAAAAGAUUCAUACAAAAAAGUCACUUAAAUACUCAUUACGCACUCCACUUGGGAAAGUUCAAAUUCUCCUGCGAAGUAUGUAACGCGCGAUUUCUACAUAAACACCAAUGGAUCGUACAUAUGCGGAUUCAUACUGGUGAAAGACCGUACGCGUGUGAUAUGUGCAAUAAAAAAUAUAGACAUAAGAGCCACUUAACUUUUCAUAAAAAAAGUCAUUUCGAUUCUGAUCCUGUGGACAAAAAGUACGGUUGCGAUGUUUGUGGGAAACGGUUUGCACUACAGGGGAAUUUGUUUAAACAUAAGGAGGUACACGAUGUGAAGGAAAAGGAGGAAAAAGAAGGACAGCAAGAUGACCCAAAACCAUACGAGUGUGACAUAUGUCACAAACGAUUUGCAUUAAAAGGUGUCUUGAAAAAUCAUAAAGAAAUACAUACUAAUGAAACACCCUUCGAAUGCGAAACAUGUCAUAAGAAAUUCCGGGUGAAGAAGUAUUUAGAAGUGCACGUAAAGGUCCACGAAAACACGAAGCAACACGCCUGUGAAGUUUGUGGCCAACAAUUUACACACCGGUCGAGUUUUAAACGUCAUAUUAAAAUACACACUGGCGAGAAACGCUUUUCCUGCGAAAUAUGUCACAAGCGAUUCGGACGCACAACAAUUUUGCGAGACCACAUGCUUAUACAUAGCGGACUUAAGCUACACUCUUGUAAAGUGUGCAAUAAGCAAUUUAGACAAAAGAAUGCUUUAGACGUUCACGUGCGUCGACUGCACACUGACGUGCGACCAUAUCCUUGCGAUGUAUGUAAAAGAGGAUUCGCUGAACUAUCCGCCUUAAAAUUCCAUUAUAGAACGCAUACUGGAGAGAAACCGUAUGUUUGUGAAAUCUGUCAAAUGAAAUUUGUUCGGCCUGAAGGUGUCAGGAAACAUCUCAUACGUGUUCAUAAAGAGAAACCUAAUAAAUUUGUGGUUAUUAAAUAAUGAGUUAACAGACAUACCAGAGUAUUGCAAAUAUACUGGAUGUGUCCUCUAAUAAGUUCAAUUUAGGGAGAUUUAAUAUAUAAAUAAACUAGUUUUACGUUUAGUUAUCUACAAAUUAACAAUUAAGUGUUUUUAUUGGCAAAAGUUAUGGACAACAGUGU